UGCAGUCUUACUAAUCUAUCACUUAUUUUGAGGAAACAAUUUUAUUAUUUAGUAAAGUUUAAAUAUGGCAGAUUGGUUUAAUCCAGUACAAUAUAUGAAAGCACGAGAAACUACAUGGAAGAAGUUAGAAAAAACUAACAAAGAACUAAUAAACAUACCAGAGGAAUAUCGUAUAUAUUACUAUGGCAAAAAAAAUCAAUCAAAAUAUAGAUUUGAAUAUGAUUGUUUUUUUAAUAAAAACAAUUUAUACAACCCAAAACUAAAGAAAGAUAGUGAAAGAAGUACAGAAAAAAUAUUGGAUAAUAUUUACCAAGAAGAAAUGAGCCGUCGUGUUCCAUUAAUUACAUCUCAUUUAUAUGGUCAUUGGCUCAAUAAUAUUGAAGGAUGUCCAAUAGCUAACCAUAAAAAGAUUAUAAACAAAUCUAAUUACAGACUCACUGGCAUACCAAUAAAUACAACAAUUGUAUUACCAAAAAUAGAAAAU